AUGAGUCAACCACCUGUGGUUCUAGCUACAGCGAGUUAUGAUCACACCAUUCGAUUCUGGGAGGCGAAAAGUGGGCGGUGCUAUAGGACCAUACAGUACCCAGAAUCUCAAGUGAAUCGGCUUGAGAUUACCCCAGAUAAAUGCUACCUGGCUGCAGCUGGAAAUCCUCAUAUUCGGUUAUUUGACAUUAAUUCAAACAGCCCUCAACCUGUGAUGAGUUAUGAUUCACACACUAAUAAUGUUAUGGCAGUUGGAUUUCAAUGUGAUGGAAAUUGGAUGUAUUCGGGGUCUGAAGAUGGCACAGUGAAGAUUUGGGAUUUGAGAGCACCAGGUUGUCAGAGGGAAUAUGAAAGUCGUGCUGCAGUUAAUACUGUUGUUUUGCACCCAAAUCAGACUGAGCUGAUAUCUGGGGACCAAAAUGGCAACAUUCGUGUCUGGGACUUGACAGCAAAUUCAUGCAGCUGUGAGUUGGUUCCUGAGGUGGAUACAGCUGUACGAUCUUUGACCGUGAUGUGGGAUGGAAGCUUGGUAGUGGCUGCAAAUAAUCGUGGGACAUGUUACGUUUGGCGCUUGUUGCAAGGGACCCAAACAAUGACCAACUUUGAGCCUCUUCAUAAGCUGCAGGCUCAUGAUGGAUACAUCCUUAAAUGUCUCCUUUCCCCCGAGUUGUGUGAACCUCAUCGGUAUUUGGCUACCGCAUCUGCUGACCAUACUGUGAGAAUAUGGAAUUUAGACGGCUUUACCUUGGAAAAAACACUAGUUGGGCAUCAGCGGUGGGUUUGGGACUGUGUUUUCUCAGUGGAUGGUGCUUUCUUAAUCACAGCUUCCUCUGAUUCAACAGCAAGAUUAUGGUCCAUGUCCAAUGGUGAGGAAAUCAAAGUCUAUCGGGGGCAUCAAAAAGCAACAGUAUGCUGUGCUCUUCAUGAUGGGACUGAACCUUCUUCGUGCUGA